CUCAUUGGUCCCGUGAUCACAAUGUUUACCUCAAAGGCUGACCCAUAUUUUAGUGAAUUUAACCCAAUUUAAAACUUAAAUAUCAACUACAACAUCAUACAUCAUAAUAUAGAUUAAUUACCUGAACAUAAUUAUACAAAAUAACUUAAUGAACGUACUUAAAAAGAUCCAUAAUUGUGAUAAAUAAAUAUACAAAUAAUUACUCAGGUGAUGACAGGUGGUAAUUGAAUCAGCAGGUGUUCUAUCUACCUGUGUUGGUAUAUUAAUCUUAUCCCCCUGACAUCUUUGAAGGGUUUAUUAUCUCCAGGGUACAGAUCAGAAGGUCUUAUGGUAGGUGGGGCCUCUGGCUGCGGUGUGUGGUGGCUGUGGCGUUUCUUUAGGGGUGGUGUUAGAAUUUGCACCAGCGAUUACGACUGAUACUAAUGAGCUAACGAGACCGAGCGGCAAAUAUGGCGAACCUCAGCAAGAUACUGCCUUACACGUGCUAUGAGGUGGGACACUGCUGGGAACAAUCGUGCUCCUACUGCUCGUUUCAGAUAUGUAUAAUUGGGUUUAUCGAGAGCUGCAAGAUAUACGGAUUGGUGUAUCUGCUCACCGGGUUAAUAAAGUCUCGGAAAAUGAGUUUUGAGUACGGACGGAAGCUGUUAAAAGAUUACAUGACGUCUGUGUGCUUCUUGACAGUCAACGCCUUCGGGUAUAUUGGGUCCUUCUGCGUGCUCAGGCGCAUUUUCCGACACAUCAACUUCCUGACUGCUUCGUUCCUGCCGGGGUUCAUUGCGAGUCUAAUGGCCAUAAACGUUGAACGACCCGAACGCAGACAACUACUGGCCAUCUACGUCACAAAUGUGGCAUCAGAGUGUUUGUGGAACCUGGCAGUGGGUCAUGGCUAUGUGAGACGCAUCCCACGAGGUGAGAUACUAAUAUUCGCCGGAACCAUGGCAGUUUUAGGGUACAAAUACCGCUCCUCUUCGAAGCCUUUCAGCAGAUUAAUCAAUUCCAUUCUUCAGAAGAUUAUUGGUCCUGAGGAAUCUGGAGCAAUGAUCUCACAACGACAAGCGACUAAACCCGACGCUUCCACACAACUCACACCAAAGCAACAAUCGUGGGUACGUCGUCUCCUGUCGGUGUUUACAAGUCGUCACUCCAUGUGCCCUCAUAAAGGUGGCUGUGUGCCUCACUUUCUCUGGACGGGCGUACGAGGCUUCAGUCAGGGGUUCAUCAUCCAGUUGGCCAUCAAGCUCUUACCUUCCCUGCCACAGUUAGUCAGAUCCCCCCGGAAGCUUUACAACUUACUGCUGAAUAGAAACAACAUCAAAGCUGGAAUCUUCCUCGCUUGGUUAGCAUCUGUGUUUAAGGGAACGUGUUGUGCCGGGCGGUGGUGGCACGGGAGAGACGAGCCAUCACAUGGAGCCGUGGCUGGUGUCCUCUCGGCUCUCUCAAUGUACUUCUACUCUGCUCCGUCUCUAGCACUCUACGUUAUGUGGAAAGUCGUCGAGAGUGCGUACGAGAAAGGCUGCGAUGACGGAUACUUGCCUCGCAUCCCGGGCUCGGUAGAACUCCUGUACGCUGUCUCCGUGGGCUUCCUCUUCCACUUGGGGGUGAUGGAGAAGCACUACAUGAAGCUGUCCUAUUGGAGGUUCUUGAAGCGGCUCACUUGGGGCAGAAUGAAUACAUACAAUCGCCAUCUCUUAGUUCCUUUUGGCCUGGACAGCGCACGGGACUAUUCCGACUUCUGGCCCAGUUACGACCCUGACCACAUCGGCGAACACGUCAAACAACUCACCGCCGAAUACAUGUCAAGAAUGGGUCUUCCAUGAAACUCUGGAAUAAGUAACCUGAAAUAAACUGGUGCUACUUUUUCUACACAAGUGAAUAAUGUGAUGCAAACAAACAAGUGAUUGUUUUAGUGACAGUUUAUGUAUAGUAUAACAAAUUACUGUUUCAUAGGAUAUUUGGGUUGAUUAUCUUGUUUUGUUUUCUGUCUAUUGUGAGUUAUUGACAUAAUUUGUGAGAGUAGAUACCAGAUAAUAUUUUUGAACUACGGUACACAUGUGAAGAAUUGCUAUAUAUAUUGCUAUCACAUGGUCUUUGUUUUAUAGUUUAUAUUAUUACAUAUAAGCCACACAUUAUAUAUAUAGAAAUUUUCCCUAAAAAAAAAUAUAUAUAUAUUGAUAACCUUUAAAUAAUUCAGAACAUAAUAAUUUUCUUGUUAUAUAAAACUCUAUAUUUUGUGUGUUGUAAAAUGGCCAUAUGUAACAGCACUUGCACAACACUCACCACCUCCUGUACUGCUGCUUGGUGAACAUCUAACGAGCAUCUGUUAUAACUCUUAUUGUGUUUAUUUACUAUUUACUCUCACUGUAACUACCUAUCUGUUCUAAGUGAUAAAUACAGUUACAGUAGUGUGUAUUGUAGCGGUAUGUGUUUGUUGUGUAGAGGACCGGUAGAGGGAGUUUGUUUGUGUAGAGGACCGAUAGAGGGAGUUUGUUUGGGUAGAGGACCGAUAGAGGGAGUUUGUUUGGGUAGAGGACCGAUAGAGGGAGUUUGUUUGGGUAGAGGACCGGUAGAGGGAGUUUGUUUGGGUAGACACGUGAUGCCGGCGUCUUUCCCAUGUAAAGAAUAUUUUCGAGUCGGAGAAGGUGUCCUGUCGUGUGGGUAAUGAUAGUAAUAUACGUAGUAUAGUUAGUCUCCGCGUUGUCCAAAGAUUAAGGUUAUGGGGUAGUAUACUGUACUUACAGAGUCCCUUAAUUUAUGGAUAAAUUUACGAAGGCUCAAUUUACGAGGGAUUUAUUUACAAGACUGAUUUAUGAGGGAUUUAUUUACAAGACUGAUUUACGAGGGAUUUAUUUACAAGACUGAUUUAUGAGGGAUUUAUUUACAAGACUGAUUUACGAGGGAUUUAUUUACAAGACUGAUUUACGAGGGAUUUGUUUACAAGACUGAUUUACGAGGGAUUUAUUUACAAGACUGAUUUACGAGAGAUUCAUUUACAAGACUGAUUUACGAGGGAUUUAUUUACGUAUAGUUGUCUAGAAUGGAAUUUAUGUUAAUCGAGCGACACCCUUAUUCCAAUGUUUAUUUCCUCGGUCAUCUGUGGUGCCUGUGGUCAACCUAACCUAACCUAACUUAACUUAAGCUCGACUGCCAACCUGUAUAUCAAUCCCUUAUUGUAAUAUGCAAUAAUCUCAUAUGCAAUCUUUCAUUACUGACGGUGAUGGUGAGAAAAUUACAGUGAACCCUCAAAGAUCCAGACUUAAGGGGGGAGACCACCUGUUGGGAAAAGCAGAUUGUCCGAAUCUUCCGGUGACUGUACUAAAUGUAUAAAAUCGGCAAAUAAUUAUAUAAAAAACACCAAAAAUACAUUACAUAUUAUCCAAAAUCCGGAUUUACCGGAUCCGAAUCUUGAAGGGUUUAUAUAAGAAGUUUUAACAUAGUAUACUACUUUUUGGAACAGCAUUGAUGAGGGAUUAUUAAGUGAAGUACAGUCUUGUUACUGCUCAUCACCUCUCCUGCCUUUAUUACCUAGAUUAUAAUGAGGUCAUCUUAGAAGCAGUGUGAUUCAUUUGUUUUUUUCUGUGUGUGCCUUAUUGACCCUGAGUAUGUAGUUGUAAAUGGUAGUAUGUAUUAAUUAUGGUAGUACAGUAUGUAUUAGUUAUGAUAGUGUAUAGUUGUAUGGUAGUAUGGAAUUAUAACAGUACUUAGACAGGAAAAAUCAUCACUUAGGGAAAUAAUCUCCUGUACUGCCAUUAUAUAAUAGAGUUAUGUUGUUUUAUGUAUUAUUAUAAUGAGUCGCUUAUUGAGAACUGACCAAGAAUGAUUAUGAUGACUUAUUGUUCACUAACUCUUAAAUCACAGCCAUCAUCAGUGGUAGUUAGCUGUAGGGACGGUGGCCAUUGUCACUGAAAAUUUCAUAUUUCUUGCAUAACAUUUCUACACAUAUAAGGCAGAGUAAGGGAUCCUUCGCCACCAGUUCAGGGUUAAAGAUAAAGCAGAAUUAAUCUUAACUUGAUGUAAAGUCCAAUGUUAGUUGUCAAGUUUAAAAAUGGAUAUGGUUGAAAAAUAAUGGUUAUUUUCUCUAAUAAUAAAUGCCUUUUGCUGGCUAAUGUAAGAUGGCCAGAGUCAGACAAGUAGACACGCACACACUACACCACGUUCUCACUUCAUUCACCGAAAUUCAUAGAUGUGUUUUGCUCAGCUAACAACAACAAGCAUCACUUAGUAUACCGAACAGUAGACCCUUGCCAUUUGCAGGUUUGCGAUUCACGAUUUCAACGAUUUGCGGUAAGCAGAUGGUAACUAUGGUGGCUAGAUUGCAAGCCUUUUCCCACAGCGCAACGAGUCACCCCACAGCGUCCCCUCUCCCUCUGUUCGCACCCAACCAUUGCCUGUGACGCACCAUCUUGUGUUGUUCUCUCAAAACUUUUAGUGUUUCUAUGUGAAAUGAUCCCUAAAAGACUGCCUAGUGUCAGUGCUAGUGAUUCUUGUGGAGUGAAACGUUAAAGGCAGAAGUCAGUGAUGACCCUGACAAAGAAAAUUGAAUUAUUGGACAAGUUAAGGGAGGGGAUGAGUGCUGCCGUGGCUGGUUGGUUCUUUGGUAUAGGUAUACAGUAGUGCACUAAGGUUGUAUAAGUUGCUAUUCACGGUUUUGCCUAUUUUGUGCCAUUCCUUGGAAUCUAACCUCCAUGAAUAACAAGGGUUUACUGUAUACAACCAUUCACAACUUUAUAAACAACCACGAUAUCAUUUAAUUAAUAUAACUCCUUAACAAUUACAGAAACACCAAGAGAGGUUAUUUUUAUAAAGGGUUUUUCAGUAUAAUGUCUGUGUAAUAUUAGAAUUGUUCUCACAUAAUGUACUAUUGGGUUAACCUCUCUGAGUAUGAACUGAUGUGUAUGUUGUACAGUAUAGUUUGUGGUGGUGUUUUUCAAGUCUCUUUCUCUCUCUUCUCUUAUCACUCUAUCUCACUCUCCUCUUCUUGUUUCUCUCUAUCUAUUCUCUUAUGUCUCUAUCUCUCUCUCUCUCACUCUUCUCUUCUUCGAGGCAACUCAACCAAUCAUUGAACAGUUGAAAAAAAUUUAUCACCAUCUGCCGUAAAUAAUCCAGUGUGUCAGGUUACCGGCUCAUUCCGAUCUUCAUUUCCUAUCCAUGUCAUAAUAUACACUAGGAACGAGACCAUUUAUAAUAUAUACCUUAAUGAACCACCUGGAGAAUAGCCCCCCCAAUUCCCUUAGAUUGUUUAAGGGUGGUUAAACUACAAUCUGGUUAUGCUAGGCGUCGGAUGAUCACUUAAGUCGGGGUGAGGUGAUCUGCAGAGGUUAAUAUUGCAAAAUGGUCUUCCUUGAUAGUGUUGGUUGUACAGUAUAUCACUUCUCUUCUGUAGUGACUAACUCAGGAAUUUGUACUUCAUUGUCAUAAGAAUUUGGGUUUUAGGUCAUAUUUAUACGAACAUUCUGUGAUAGUCAGCCAUUCUAUUGAUCAGUGUUAGUUAGUUAGUUAGUUGCUAUGGCUGUGGUUUCUCAACAUACUAUGCAGGGUGUGGCAUUUGUCGAACACCAUACUGUACAGAGGGUGAUCAUUUUGUUCCAUGACUUAUGAGGCACCCUGUAUAAAUAUUCAUAAACUUGCCAAAAACACUUUUAUUAAAUGCAUAAAUUAA